AUGGUGUUCAAAAAGAAAAACAAAUACUCAGAAGCCAUAGUUAAAGAAGUGAUUCUUCCGAGUUCCGGAGCUGCUUGUUUAAAUCCGCACGUGAAGGAGCUUAUCGCCAAACUUCGCAAACAUGGUCUUGAUCGAAAGGAAUCACUCCCGCAUCUUAUUAUAUCCGGCAAUCUCUCUAGUGGUGAUGUCUUAUCAGGAGAAGAUUGGAAGCUGCGUACUCCAUUUUCCACUGAGAUCACUCUGCGACAUAGCGAAGCUACCUCUUUCACACUCAGAUUGAUCCCUGAUUUUUCACGGCCCGCUUCACAAAAGUCUAGCUUCAACGCAUUUCAAAGAUCUCUUGCUCAUAUUGGUGAACUUCCAAAUGCUGUGUAUCUGGCCAAUAAAGAGAUUUACACGAUCCUCGACUCGAAGGGUCUGCCAGAUAAAACACCUUGGAAAGAUGUAUUGAGAAUUGAGAUCGAAGGUCCGACGCAACCACAUCUCACCUUACUCGAUAUUCCCAGUCUCCUUAAAAACAUCUCCGAAGUGGAAAUAGGGUAUGAAGAAAAUAAUGCCGUCGCGAAAUCGGAAACAGCUUCUUUCACAACUGGUUCUAAUACACCCACUCACACAGCCAUGACCGAAGAUUUCUUUUCCCACACUCGUUCCCUCGAUACAGUUCCCCACGCUGGCAAGACAUUCAUGAUACGAGAUCGCAGCCGUGGUGGAAUAAUCACGCUCAAGGAGGGAAGUUUCCAAGUAUCUCCCACUAUUCCCCGAGCAGGUGGAUGUCAUUGGACAUGCACAGAGCGCGACGGGUGGUUUGGCUUUCGUAAUUGUGUCUCGGGACGAUUUUUUGGUCAUGACGGCAAUGGUAAAUUCCAUUGCAAGGUUUUGCACCACCGAGCCCAUGAAUGGUUUUGCACCAGAGCUCACCCUUCUGGUGGACAUCUCUUAUUGAUGUUGCAUGGGGAUAAAUUUCGACAGAUGAAAAUUGGGAAUGACGACACGGAAUUGGUGGAGACGGAUGGAGAGGGAACUGUGUGGGAUUUCAUAGAAGUCUAG